AUGAACAACAUUUUCCACUCCGUCGGUUCCUUGUUCGGCUCCGGAGAAGAUCACAUCCCAUGGAGCGAUGGAAACAUCAUCCAUGGGUGUGAGAUAGAAGUUGCAGAGGCGAUGAGCAAAGGUGAGACGACAGAGAAGGACAAGAGAGAAAGAAUAAUUAGGUUAUCAUGGGCACUUGUUCACUCAAGGCAACAUCAAGAUGUGCAACGUGGAAUAGACAUGCUGCUGCAAGCAGCUGAAACUUCAAUGGCCAAAAAUACCAAUUCCCUUUUGGAUCAACAAGAGAUGCGUUAUCUUCGGGCGGUCGGAUACUACAGAAGUGGUGCAUAUUCAACUAGCCGGCGUCUUCUGGACCGGUGCUUAGAGAUUGAACCAGAAUGGAAACAGGCUCUUCGUCUUAAGAAGACAGUAGAGGAUCGAAUUGUGAAAGAUGGAUUCAUUGGAAUAGGUAUUACUGCUGGUGCUGUUAUAGCAGCAUGUGGGAUUGUGGCUGUCUUGGUUACCAGCAAGUGCCGCCGUCCCUAA